GCCAGGGACGCGCCUGGCGUGGCGUGCUCUGUGCUCCCAGCGACGGCUCGGCGUGUAGGUCCUACCUCGGGAGCUUGUGGAGAAGAGUGCUGCGUGAUUGGCGGGGAUGUUGCAGGCAACUGGAGCUGUGGAUGAGGAAGAGAAGCAAGCCGAGGAGGACUGUCCUGAAUUGGUCCCCAUUGAGACGAAGCAAAGAGAGGAGGAGGAAAAGUCUGGCCCCGGAGCUAAGAUCCCAGUCACAAUUAUCACAGGGUAUUUAGGUGCUGGGAAGACAACACUUCUCAACUAUAUUUUGACAGAGCAACAUAGUAAAAGAGUAGCAGUUAUUUUAAAUGAAUUUGGGGAAGGAAGUGCAGUGGAGAAAUCCUUAGCUGUCAGCCAAGGUGGAGAGCUCUACGAAGAAUGGCUGGAACUUAGAAAUGGUUGCCUCUGUUGUUCAGUAAAGGACAAUGGCCUUAGAGCUAUUGAGAAUUUGAUGCAGAAGAAGGGGAAAUUUGAUUACAUACUAUUAGAGACCACUGGGUUAGCAGAUCCUGGUGCUGUAGCGUCUAUGUUUUGGGUUGAUGCUGAACUAGGGAUUGAUAUUUAUCUUGAUGGUAUCAUAACUGUUGUGGAUUCAAAAUAUGGAUUAAAACAUUUAGCAGAAGAAAAACCUGAUGGCCUUAUCAAUGAAGCUUCUAGGCAAAUUGCUUUGGCCGAUAUCAUCAUCAUCAAUAAAAUAGACUUGGUUUCAGAAGAGGAUUUAAACAAGUUAAGGAGAACCAUUAGGACAAUAAAUGGACUGGGAAAAAUUUUAGAAACACAAAGAUCAAGAGUUGAUCUCUCUAAUGUAUUAGAUCUUCAUGCUUUUGACAGUCUCUCUGGGAUAAGUUUGCAGAAGAAACUUCAACAUGUGCCAGCAACACAUCCUCACCUUGAUCAGAGUGUUAUUACAGUCACAUUUGAAGUACCAGGAAAUGCAAAGGAAGAAAGUCUAAAUGUGUUUAUUCAGAAUCUUCUGUGGGAAAAGAAUGUGAGAAACAAGGAUGAUGAUUGCAUGGAGGUCAUACGACUGAAGGGUCUGGUAUCCAUCAAAGACAAACCACAACAGGUGAUUGUCCAAGGUGUCCAUGAGCUUUAUGAUCUGGAGGAGACUUCAGUGAGAUGGAAAGAUGACACUGAGAGGACAAAUCGAUUGGUUCUUAUUGGUAAGAAUUUAGAUAAGGAUAUCCUUAAACAACUAUUUAUAGCUACUGUGACUGAAACAGAGAAACAGUGGACAACACCUUUCAAAGACGAUCAAGUUUGUCUAUAACACUAGGAGCAUCUUAUCAAAAGGAUUGGUUAAUAAAAUUGAGAAUAAGUUUCCUACUGGAUGUAUGUCAAGCAUAUAUUCUUUGCAUUACUUCUGCUUUGAAUUCCAGUGUACUUUAAAACUGUGUUUAUUAUGGAAUACAGAAAAUAUAGUGAACAGUACUCUAAAACAUUUGACAUUCAUUCAAUAAAAUAUCUUCUCAAGUG